GUAGUGGUGAAACAGGCAGCCAGCACCUCGCGCCGUACGAGAAAAACAAACGGGAAUCACCACACAACCAGCAACAUCAGCUAGAGCUAGCAAGGAAAGGAGGUCCACCACAUUUCAAUACAUCGCCAAACGCCGUAGUGGAGAGACGCAGCUUUUCUCUCGCAGCAGUCAUCGUGCGUUGCUCGGGUUGGGUAUUUUUUUCCUGCUAUAUUUUCUGUGGGAUUCGGAAGAGAAUCUGAAGGGACAACAGGUUUUGACAAUAAUUAUCAGUGCGUAGUGCUUUACAGUGAAAAAAAAAGUUUCAGUUUCACAGUCGCAGUGCAGUGCAAAUAAAUAGUGAUCGAGUUGCUUCCGCUUAGACAAAGAUAACUGCCAUACAAAUUGGCACAUUAACCGAGCGUGAUGACCACGCUCAUCCCAACGUCUCAACCCACCGGGGUUGAGGCGUACGAGGACAUGUUCAAGGAGAUCACCCGCAAACUGUAUGGGGAAGAAUCUGCCCAUGGCCUCUAUCCGCACAACACCCAGGUGGCUCAAGUAGCCCAGCUGGCAUCGGGUGCUCCCGCCGCACCCGAAGGUGGCGAAAGAUCCUUCACCACACUGGUAUCGGAUCGGAGCCUAACACAAAUUGACUACGAAACUACCACCGUGAAUGACCAACAGCAGCAGCAGCAGCAGCAGGGUCAACAUGCCCAAUCACAGCAGCAGCCAAUUGGUGGCUUCAAAACGGAGGAUCAUCUAACGACGGCGUUCGGACUGGCCGCUCUAAUGCAGAACGGGUUUCCACCGCCAGGUGCCAUACUGAAUCCGGUCAACUUUCCCGUUAAUACGGUGAAGCCUCCUAGCACAAGUGAGUUUGACAUAAAUAUUUCCACCCUCAACACUGACGAUCGCUGGCAGCAAACUCAGCAGGUUCCGCCCCAAGAACCACCCGCCGAUCAAAGCUGGAACUCCGGCAAACAUUCCUCCUCGUCGUACUCACAAAAAUCGUUCAAAAAGCCCAAGGUAGAACCGCAGGAUAGCUCACCACCCGCCAAUGGUGGCAGUACAUUAAACAUUCCACAGGCAGGAACGGAUAAGAAAGGCAAUUUCGGCACAGCCUCUGCAACCGUCGGGGCGGCCACCGGCAAGCGAUAUAGUUGCACUUCCUGUCCCUACACUACAGACCGUAGGGAUUUGUUCACGCGCCAUGAAAACAUCCACAAAGAGGAGAAGCCGUUCCACUGUUACGCUUGUCUGAAGCAAUUCAACCGAGCUGACCACGUAAAAAAGCAUUUCCUCCGGAUGCAUCGAGAUAUGGAGUAUGAAAUAGCCAAGACGAGACGGAUUGUCAAUUCCAAAAGCUACUACAACGGCAAUAAUGGCAACAGUGUACCCGUUUCUGCGCCGACUCCGCAGCCUACGAUUUCGCAGCCACAGACCAUCCAGGCCAAUACACUCAACAUUCCGACGGCCAGCUUCCCUGCACAAAUAACCAUUCCAACCCACCAUGUAACGGUUGAACACACCGCCAACAUCUCCGCAAACAAUCAUGACAUCUCCACAAUGAACGGUGCUGUCCACCACGUUCAAAUUCAGAACCAGCAACAACCACAACAACAACAGCAACAACAUCAACAGCAGCAGCAACAACAACCGCUGCAGCAACCUCAACAGACGACACAAAUCAUUCUAGCCCCACCGAUAGUUGCCAUCAAACAGGAGAAAGGAAGUGCCAUUGUAUCGAAUAACAACAACAAUAACAACGGUAGCAACAGCACCACAGUCGACGAGAAACCUUUCGCCAAAAAGAUCAAAGGCGAGAAGCGAUUCACCUGCUGCUACUGUCCGUGGUCUGGUGCCGAUAAUUGGGGCCUCAAGCGUCACCUGAACACCCACACGAAACCGUUCGUCUGUAUGCUGUGCGACUACAAGGCGGCCCGUUCGGAACGGCUGGCGACACACGUGUUCAAGGUACACAACAAGAAGGCCUGCAACAAGUGCAACUUUUUCGCUGAAGAUCAGGCACAAUUGAAUGCACAUCAACUGGAAGCACACCCCCAUGAAAGUACUACUACUACAAAACCCGCGAAAGGUACAGCCGGAGGUACGAAUGAUACCACCACUGGUGGUACCACCUCAGCUGUAACGGGGAAUGUUUUGAGGAAUUUAGGCAAUACGUUCGUUCCGAACAAUCUACACGGGAACGCCAGUGGGAACACGUUUGGGACGACCAGCAACACUAACAUCUACCACACAACGGCAACCGCGAUCACAACCACCAGUAGCACCGGGAACAUACUGACUAACAGCAACGCGUCCAAUUUACUCGACACGAUCAACCAGCAUCUGGCGUCGACGACUGGUGCUGGAUCGGGAAACGGGGUAGGUGGAGGGGUUGGACUGGCGGCCACCCCUCAACACCACACCCUCCACCACCAGCAGCAGCAACAACAGCAACAGCAGCAGCAUCAACAACAACAACAACAACAACAGCAGCAGCAACAACACCAACAACAACAAACCCACCACUGGAUAGCCAAAGUGAACCGGAAAAGAGGAGCUGAGCUUCUCUUUAGCUAUCUGGAGGCGGACGGAAGUGAUUCAGAAGACUAUGCCCGCUUACUCAACAUGCAAGCGAUUGGUCGCAACAAAGCUUCCGUCACGCAGGAUUUUCAUAACGCGGGAGGCGGAAACCACAACGUUAGCAACAGUAGCAGCCGAAGCAGUAGCAGCAGCAACAGCACCAACCGGCUGUCACUUCUGGUAGCAGCAUCCUCAUCAGCAUCGUGCUCACCAUUGUCAUCACCACCCUGGUGCUCACCGGCACACACGCCAACAGCUGCCGCUACCGAUUGCUCAACAAACCACCAUCCACAGCAAUAUGCGAAGAGCCCCACAAACAGCAAUGUCGGCAGUACUCUGCUACCGUCGCCGCCACCAGUCAGCAGCCUGACUGAAGAGCACCUAUCGUUGCUCCAGCUACUGGCCACUGCCGCCGUUGCCCAGCAACAUUUGCAACAGAAGGCGACGUCGAUGACGACCAUCACUUCGCCUCCCGCGAGCCAUCCUCAACAACAACAACAACCGAACCAUCAUCAUCAUCAUUAUCAUCACCAGAAUAGUACAAAUAGUCAGAAUUCGACCGGUGAGACCGGUUCGAAGCGACGUCGCAAAAGUAGUUCCCGAAAGGAUAAGGAAAACCAGGACCACCGUCACCCGCAGUCGGUAACGCCUGGUGCCACGAGUCAUAAAGUUAUCGAUCUGACCACGGCCAGCGGUGGUGCAAACAUCGUCGGCAGUCCUGCCGAAAACGGAAUUGAACGAAACAACAACAGCAGCAACAAUAACAAUAGUAGCGUUAACAAUAAGAAUAUAAACGAAACUAUUUUUGAUAGAGUGUAUAAGAAGCCAUACAAUAUGUAUUUAGCCAGCGCGUUCUGCAAACCGAUCAUCGAGAAGGAAGGAUCCGAUGGCAAGGAAAACUUUUCUUUGGCAGAGUUCCUUCGGAACCACAAGGAGGUUUCAAUCAGCACCCUUGCUGCCAAUAACAAACCAGAAGACGGUGAAGAUGUGGUAUUCGUUCAUGAAGAAAUCGGUCGUGUUAGUUCCAAGCAGCAACUAAUUCGUACGGCCGACACGGACUCGAAUCCCUUGCCAGUGCCGACAAUGUGUCACGUCACCGCAAAUACCGAGAUCAAUCAAAUCGGUGACAUUAGGGAUAAGCACAUGAUUCGGUUGAUCAGUCGGCGUUUGUGCUGUCGUAUCUGCCAGAACCAACAGCGUCUAGAGCAUGUGGACAACUGCCACUAUCACAGCAAGACGUCACUAAUUCUGCACAAUCGGUGGCGCCACGGUACUUCCACUAAUCCCCAGCAGCGGUGCAAACUCUGUGGCAGCCAGUUUGGUCAUCGGUACAAACUAAUUCUCCACCAGAGACUGAAACAUCGUAGAUCGCAAGGCAAAAGGCGGUCAGCGAAGAAGCCCCCACCGCCUGUUUUGGCCGCAAAAAAAUGCACAAAAUUGGUCAGCAAAAAGUCGCAGCGCAAACAGAAAAAGCGAAAACCUAAGAGCUGGUCCUAUAGUAAGAAGCGGAAGUGAAGUGGUCUGGGUGCUCGGUCAGAAUGUAUAGAAAAUCAUCAUUUUUAUCGUGUGUAUCACAGCGGUGGCUACACUUGUAAAAAUACUUAUAAAACUACGAAGAAAUCCUACAAACUAGCGAGGAAAUAUAUGUGUAGCUAUUACACUUGAGUACUUCAAACCGUGGAAGAAAUUCGGUGUGUGUUUUCGCACAAAUAAUUUUUACACUAUAUGAGCAUACUCUGUGACCGAAUGCUGGACUUGUUUUUCUUCUCAUCUAACAGUGGCUCAAAAUUAUAGCCAGAGAACAAUUCGGCUUAGCCAAGAGUGCAAUCUAUUUUUUUUUUAAUUUUUAUUUUUCCACCAACUAACACUCUCACUAACAACGUACAAAGAUUGUUUGAUUUAGAAGCCUGUACAAAUCAUGAAAAAGAAAAAAAUAGAGGAAAGUUGAUUCACAUUGGAAAAAUCACAAUGUCAGAACAGGAUUUUAUUUUAUUCGUUAUUUUACAGUGAACUAGAUACGAUGUAAAUCAUAUGUGCGAAUAACAGAGGAAAUAAACGUGUCAUAUACCCGCAAACAGGAAAGGGUAAAUCGCAACAGAACAAGAUAAUACCGAUUAUUAUAUAUUAUUAUUGUAACUGUUUGAUCAAUGUGAAUUCUUAAUAAAAUGGUAAAACACAGCAAACAAACGAGAAGCGUAACUGUGAAAAAA